UUUAGCGGAAGCGGAAGAAGCUGGAAAGGAGCCGAGGGCGGAAGUGGCGCCGUUUGAGAUUUUUGGAGUGGUGGGUAAAGGGGGAUACCGAGCAGCGGGAGGACUGGUGGCGGCGGCGGCGGUCCCGCAGGCGGGAGCGGGUGAGUGAUGGGGGUCGGGUCCGGCGGAGGCCGGCCUGGGCUGGGUUUGCGGGAGCGCAAGCUGUCCUGCCUGCGGAGAAGGAGCCCCGCGGCUUCGCCUCCCUCGCAGAUGGGCGUUGCUGGCCAUAGCGGGGCUGCCUCGGCCGUGGCGAGCAAGGAUGGAGCCUCCAUGGCCAGGGGCAGUGCACCUCUCUCGAGCACCUGUUGUGUUCGAGCCCCGCCUGCGGGCUUCCUGGAGGCAUGCCGUGCGCCGCUCUUGGAAACAGGAUGCCGGACUAGGAGGACCGCUCUGGCCGACCCAGCAGGGUUGUUGUUUGCUCCGCCCUGCACGGCGCUUUGUAGAAACGCCAUAAGCAGAAACAGUUCUCCUUGUGAGCCUGUGAGGCUUGCAGUCUAAGAGCGGGAGUAGUCACAAUUCGUAUGCAAGGCUCCCAGAGGAUUGGGUGUUCACGAAAAACACUGAAUUUGUGCGUUUGGACAGACGAGCUCUUUACUGGUGCGCUGCUAACUGGAGAUGCCAGUUAAUUUCCUCUUAAGGGGAUGAGUGCACGUUUAUCAGCUUUGUCGGGCAGAAGUUCAACAGGUGUGACAUUUCCUGUAUAAGAUAUCCUAUCCCUAAGGCUAUGAUAUUCUAACCUAGGGUGUGGAUUCUAGCAGAGGGGGUUCUCAGACCCUUUGUGUUCUACUGUAUCCAGAUAUGCUUUGGACUAUGAGUUUACAUAUUCUAUCUGUGAUCAUAGUUGCUGCAUUUAAAACAAUCAGCCUGAAGGAUUGUAAUAAAAAUGAAUUGGUUAUGGGCCUUUUUUCAGGGAGCCAUCUUGGGAGUCAAUAAUUUGUGAACUUUGUAUGUCCUAUGAACUUAACGGAUACAAUACUUUGCUCAUCAGACAAAACCAACAUGAUAAUAGCCAACAGUUUUAUUACGGCAAAUCCCUUUUCUUACUACUGUUAUAUUGCAUGGAUUGACAUUCUUUGAAAGACUUCUCCAAAGUUUGUGUAGUGAUUAAGAAAGUGGACUGUGACUCAAAUUUUGACUCUUAGAUGAGUCCCUUUGGUGUUUGGCAAUACAUAUAAGGAUCAUAACACUUGAAGCCUGUAAAAAUGCUGGAGCAUUAUAUGUGAAUGAAAGUUCGUAUUAUUGUUAUUAAAGGGGACAGGCCCCUCCUUUGUGUAACAAUUUCCCUAUUAUCUUUUUGCCCCACCUUUUGCUAUUUGGCUUCUCCCCACUCCCACCAUUUUAUCUCAAUCCCUGGUCAUCACUGCAACCCUGCCCCACCCCCACCCCUUGCCUCUCUUUUGCAGAUUUUCUUAAGCCUGUAUGCAGGAACAAUGUUGCCUGAACAUUCUGCAUUGCUUGAAUGUAAAAAGACUUACAGUGGUACCUCGGGUUAAGUACUUAAUUCGUUCGGGAGGUCCGUAGUUAACCUGAAACUGUUCUUAACCUGAAGCACCACUUUAGCUAAUGGGGCCUCCUGCUGCUGCCGCGCCGCUGGAGCACAAUUUCUGUUCUCAUCCUGAAGCAAAGUUCUUAACCUGAAGCAAUAUUUCUGGGUUAACGGAGUCUGUAACCUGAAGCGUAUGUAACCUGAAGCCUAUGUAACCCGAGGUACCACUGUACUUGUAAAAGUUAUGUUUGCUGUCCCCAAACUUUAGGCACCCUUCCUCUUUCCUGUACCUGGUCUUCUAUAUUGGGCGUUGAGAACAUUUGGCCCUACAGGUGUUACAAAACUACAACUCCCAUCACCCCAGCAAGUAUGGCCAGAGGAUGGAAGUGUAGUUCAGCAAUAUCUUUCUCGCCCAUGCUCUAAAUCCUUGUUAAAUUUUAGUUGUGCCACAGUUCAGGAAGGUGAUGUAUAGUGUAAUUGCUUUGACCAUUUUCCUGAAUAUAUGGAUAUGUCUCUUUAAAGGUCUACCCUUCUUCAUGGCCAGAUGGGUGGGGUAGCUAGCUCCCAGCAUUCUGUUACACUCCAGCAUGCCAAGAAGCAAACUAUGCAGAUGGGAGCAUGCUUAAUUCUUAAUACUGGAGCGUGAGUGCAAUUCUUCUCUCGUGUAAGUGAAUGGUGGGCAUUCACUUUCAUGGAAAUAAAGUGCUGUGUUUAGGGACACUGACAUAGCGAUGAAACACAGAAAACUGCUUUAUAUCUUUGGUCAGUAUUGUCUAUGCUAACUGGUAGUAGGUCUCUGGGGUUUCAGAUAGGGAAGCCUUCCCAGCCCUAGCUGGAGAUGCCAGGGAUUGAAUCUGCGGCCUUCUGAAUGCAGAGCAGAUGCUACAUUUGGCUUUCUCAAAGUAAAACCUGUGCUCCACCCCUGUUGCAGGUUGCCAGUCCGUCACCGAUAGGGAUUUUGUAGGGGAGGGAUGGGGAAACCAUUGGACUCCAAUUCCCAUCAGCCCCAGCUAGCAUGGUUGAUGGUCAAGGAUCACAGAAGUUUCCUAUUUCGGAUGCAACAUUGGCUUCAUGCAUCCCCAUGAGAUUCUUUUAAUUCACAAGCCCUCCUUCCAUGAACAUCAUAUUGGUGGGCCCUGUGCUAGUAUUAUAGCAAGGCACCAGAGGCUUUUCUCUGGCAAAGGUUUAGGGCAAAAUGAAGUGGAGUACAUAUGUGAUUCAUAUUGAAGUUAGAUCAUAUCCACCAGACCUCAGUGCCUUAAGAAGACUCUUGCAUGUCUGUAAAAUGCUACAUGGUUUCUCACAAUCCAUAUCCGUGCUGAGGAAGGUCUGGUCUGGUUGUUGUGCUGUUGGUUGUGACCUGAGAAGUUGCCAAUAACAAUUUCUGUUUAUAUUUAUUCAGGGUUAGCCUGCGCAGUAUUUAGUAAAAACACACACACGCCACAGUCAAACACUAAAUAAGAGUGUGUGCAGUCAGUACAUGAAGUAACCUGACAGACCCAUCUUAUUGCUUUAAACAUGUAGCAGCUAAAAGAAGUAUUUAGCUUCAAUAGCUUAACUCGAUAAAUGUCGGGUUGGUUGUUCCCAGAUAUAUCAGGGACUACUGAUUAACAGUAACUCAUUUCUUUCACUUUUGAGUUACUUCUCAGUAUACUCAGUAUACAGUGGUGCCUCGCAAGAUGAAAUUAAUCCGUUCCGCGAGUCUCUUCGUCUUGCGGUUUUUUCGUCUUGCGAAGCACGGCUAUUAGCGGCUUAGCGGCUAUUAAUGGCUUAGCGGCUAUUAAAGGCUUAGCGGCUUUAAGAAAAAGGAAACAAACUUGCAAGAACUCGCAAGAUGUUUCGUCUUGCGAAGCAAGCCCAUAGGGAAAUUCGUCUUGCGGAACGACUCAAAAAACGGAAAACUCUUUCGUCUAGCGAGUUUUUCGUCUUGCGAGGCAUUCGUCUUGCGGGGCACCACUGUAAAUUGUAAAAUGCUGAGUGCCUUGUCUAAAGGUCAGCUGGUUUGAAUAUUUAGCAUCCUUAGGCAGAGAAAGUUUGAGGUGUCACCAAUCCCUGCCCCCCACAAUCCAAGCAAAGAAUUCUCACUGCGGUCAGCUAAAGACAACCAACCAUGCCCUGCACCCCCCACCCAAACCUCUCUCACUGCCUAAGAAAAACAAAAAAUGAAUAGAAAAAGAACAUACCCAAGUGACGCUGACACAAAAGCUCCACGCAUACACUAACUAAAAGAAUAUAAGUUUAACCACCUCACCUCCUCUCCCACUUUCUCCUCCAACAACCUUAUACUGCAUUCAAUACUUAAUGUCUCACAUCCAGUGUCACUGCUCUGUAAAAAAGACACUAUGACCUGAAAAAAGAGAUAGCACACCUACUUUUGUAACCAAAGAAAGUGUUUAAUAAAAAUUAUAUUGAAAAAGAAAGAAAGUUUGAGGCACAGAGAAGUGUAGUGUGGAAAGCUAAUGUAACUUUUUACCUAUGUAAAAAAGAAAGAUGAGGUCCACAGUCUCUUUUGCUCUGGGCAUACUGAGCCUUGAUGCCUAAAUGUAGUACAGUGGUACCUUGGGUUACAGAAGCUUCAGGUUACAGACUCUGCUAACCCAGAAAUAGUACUUCGGGUUAAGAACUUAGCUUCAGGAUGAGAACAGAAAUUGCGCGGCGGUGGUGGCGUGGUGGUGGCAGCGGGAGGCCCCAUUAGCUAAAGUGGUACUUCAGGUUAAGAACAGUUUCAGGUUAAGAACGGACCUCCAGAACGAAUUAAGUUUUUAACUCAAGGUACCACUGUAUAUGGGUACACAAAUAGCUGAGCUAUAUGCUCAUACAGUUAGUCACAUACAUAUUACACAUCUAUUCAACAUAGAGCUACCUUCUUAUAAUCCCUACUACAGCCCCGCAAAUUGGAUCAGUAUCGUCCCCUGUCAGUGGACAUGAAGAAUAAACUUUUCCUAAGGCCACCCAGUGAGUUAUGGAAGAUAAUAAUAGUAGUAGUAGCAGUAGUAAUAAUAAUAAUAAUUUUCUUUAUAUCCCACAUGUCCUGGUUUAAAAAUCGGGCUCAGGGUGGCUAACAGCAAAUAUAAAACAUUGAUUAAAAUGCAACUUAAAAACAGCAUAAAAUACAACAUAAAAUGCAGCAUCAAUAUCAAUAGAAUUCUAAAAUUCAGGGGUUAUUGGGGGGGACCCCAGUCAGUAGACAUCAAAUGAUCACCAGGGCUAACUGGCCAAGUUGGUCCUACUAGGGCCAGCAAGGAGACCAGGGAAGAAUUUAAAUGUGGGGUCCCAGAAAGGGUUUCUUCGCGGAAGAGGAAAGGAGAAAAGGAAAUAGAGGAUCAGGCUAAUUCAAAUUGAAGGCCAGGCAGAAUAGCUCUGUCUUACAGGCCCUGCGGAAGGAGAUCAAGUCCUGCAGGGCCCUAGCCUCGUGGGGCAGAGCAUUCCACCAGGUCAGAGCCAUCACUGAAAAAGCCCUGGCUCUGGUGGAAGAUAGCCUGGCUUCCUUAGAUGUGAGAUUGAGACGUCCUAAUUUAUAGCUUGAUAUUUUAUCCACUGGGCUGGAACAUCCCUCAACCCAGCCAAUCACGUUAGAAGUUUUAAUGCUGCAGACUAAUGCUGUUGUAAUGGUAAAACAGUGGCGAACAAUACAGUGCAUGCGCUUAUUAGGACUAAGAAGCCAUUUCAGGUAAGAUGCUCUGUACAUUGGAACGACAGAGGAGCAGUUCACCUGAAACCACCCAGGAGAGCUUGUGGCAAGAAUGAAGCUUCCAGUUCCACAUUUGAGCUGCUGGAUCAGGGGCAGAACACCUGUGCCAGCUGGGACUGACAGGAUGUGGAGUUCAAGAAUACCCGGAGGGCCACGGGUUUCCCCACCUCUGUGCUAGCUCAAAAGCCGGUUUCACACCACUGAAAUGUCUCUUUCUUUCAGUUGGAGAUUUGUGUUCCUCGCCAACAGUCCCAUCUCCUUCUCAUCAGAGCCUGUGCCCUUGGAACAGGCCAUGGCAGGCCGCGGUGGAGCUGCACGGCCAAACGGGCCAGCUGCCGGGAACAAGAUCUGUCAGUUCAAAUUGGUUCUUCUGGGCGAGUCAGCUGUUGGGAAGUCCAGCCUGGUCUUGCGCUUUGUGAAAGGACAGUUCCAUGAGUACCAGGAGAGCACAAUUGGAGGUGAGUAUUGGUGGACUCCAGCUGUGGGUUAAGUUACAGAAGACUCUUGGGCCUUUGCAGGACCCCCCCUCCCCCAGCUUGCAAACUUUUUGUGAUUAGGGAGCUCUUUCCACACUGAUAUGGUUCAAAGAAUUCUCAGUGAGCCUAACAAGUCGCCCAUUCCAUUUCAAAGUGAAGCACUAGCCAGGCCUGUUUGUCGGCCCUGUUUUUCCCACCUAGGACAUUAUGUAUUCCCUACAUAUCUCAACAGUCACUUACAGCUGUAAACUAUUAUAGUGACUAAACAGAUUUAUAGACCUACAUUGUACAAAACGGAAUAAAGCACAAGCUCCAAGACUAAUAAAAUCACUUCGGCGAGCUCUAAAACAAUAAAACCAUUUAUACUUUGAAACAACAAUACGAUUUAAUCAGAUGUAUAAUUAAUCUUCCUUAAAUGACAGGGAAAGCUUUCCUAAACAAAAAUGUUUUCAUUAGCUGCUUGUCUGGUUUCAGCUGGUAAUUUGUUCCAGAGAGCUGGGGCUGCAACACUAAAAGCCUGGUUUAAACUACCGGGGGAAGUUGGCAGCAGAGAGCAAGCUGUCGCUAAAGAAGCUCGUCUGCCAUUGCUAAUUCUCACUGCUCUUCUGACAGUGUUCUCCUACCCAGCAAUAUUUUCAAACAGAGGCAACUUGGCAGAAGGAUGUAGUUGUCUGUAGGGGGCAACGGGGGUUAAUCUGUUUCAACAGUUCCUUCUAGACUUUUUUUUAGAGCCACGAUGCCACUUCUGGCUGAAACUUGCAGACGAAACGGCAAAAGGAAGAGAAGGCUGCGCAUUUGUCUAUCCUUGCAAAAAUGUCAGUUUGGAAGAAGCGUCUUCUCUGCCCUGAGCAGAUUAGCCAGCCUGACACCUGAAGUUCUUGCUUUACCUCUUACAAUGCCCCUCUGUCAAGAUCAACCUUGGCAGUUCUGGCGCAAUUUUUGCAAAGUGGGGACUUCUGGCUUGGUUGGAGUCAGUGAUGUCAAGUCCUAUUUGGUUUCAUCUGAAUAGAGCAGUGGCUGCUUAGGAGCUGGUUUGCCCACAGCCUGCCAGGUACAUGUUGUAUAUGCGCUGUGGGGCAUAGGACUCAGUGUGGACUGACCUGACCUCUGCCUUGUGGGGGGUGGUUCUUUGUAGACCCGCUCCACUUCAUUCUGCAAAAGGUAUGGACAGGUGGAGCCUACUUGCAUACAGACAGAAGGCCUGGUUCACCUUAACGUUCUUUAGUUCAUAUUCUGUUUUGCCUGUUUUGCAGGCUUGGGAUGGGUAAGAGCAAACGGGAGUAUGCAGGUGCCACAACAAAAUUCUCUGCUAAGUAACCCACACUUGGCUUUACCCCACCUGUCAAAUGCCAGUCCAAAAACAGAAAGCUUUGCAGUUCUUCCAGAAAGCAUUUUGGGUUCUGAACCUGGCAUCUAGAAGAAGAGGGCAGUUGCACAAAUGUGAGGGCAGUUGUCCUGUGCCCUUCCUGUUUGAUCUUGGCAUGCAUCCCUUGGUGCAGAUCAUAUCAGCCCAAAGCUGCACACAAGCCAAAGGGAUGUGUGAACUGAUCUUCUGUCCAAGCUCUGCACAAAAGGAGGGCUUCUACUGAACAAAUCCCCCUGCCCUCAAAUGGCUAACAUUGCUCUAUUUGCAGCCAAGUCCCAUAGUAUCUUAACACUGCAGCAGGGCUAAUCUGUGGCCCUUCAGAUGGUUGGUUUGGACUACAGCAAUGCCCCACAAAUAACCCAGAGAUGCAUUUUAAAUAAGAGGAAACAUUCUACUCAUGUAAAAACACGCUGAUUCCCGGACUGUCCGUGGGCCGGAUUUAGAAGGCGAUUGGGUCGGAUCCGGCCCCUGGGCCUUCGUUUGCCUACCCAUAGGUUAGCAUGUCAGACUAGGACCUGAGUUCAAAUCUCCACUCAACCAUGAUGCCCACCGAGUGGCCUUUGGCUAGUCGCUCACUCUUAAGGCUAACCCAUCUCACGGGGUUAUCACAAUGAUAAAAUGGGGUGGGGACUAUUUACACUAUUUUGAGCUCUUUGGGUGAAAGUUGGGGUAAUGAAAGUUUUAUAUAAUUACAAAAAAUACAACAGAAUUUAAAUUAAAUAGCCAUAAACCACAGUCUCAAAGUAUACAAUAAAGUUAAACAAUUCACUGAUAAUUGAUAGUGAUGUUUAACAAUAAAGAGACAAAAACAUAAUACCAAUAAUAGCAAAAAUUAAUCAUCUCCAAAAUUACAAGUAAAACUUGUACUUGAAUGUGCAAGUAAAACAACGGUAUCUAGGAAAUGUAUCGGAACAUGUGCAGAGUUCAAUCCAAGAUUUUGUUGCACCUUCCUGUAACUCUGUGCUAAUGUUUCUUUUCCAGCGGCUUUCCUCACACAGACCAUUUGCCUAGAUGACACAACGGUCAAGUUUGAGAUUUGGGAUACAGCUGGGCAGGAGCGCUACCACAGUCUGGCACCCAUGUAUUACCGGGGUGCCCAAGCGGCCAUUGUUGUCUAUGACAUCACCAACAUGGUGAGGAUUUUUGACUCUGUCUUGUCAGCUUAGACCCAAGAGGGCCUCUUCUCUUGUUCCAAUAAUCUUGAAUGCCUGAAGUCCUGGACGUGUAUGAAUCCAUUUGACAAAUGCUUUAUGGCCCAGGGUAAACUUUCAAGGAAAGCCAAGCCCCUUGGGCUUGCUUUAAGAUUAAAAAUGCUUGGUUUUCCUUGGUGGUAUGAAAACAGGUUGGGCUCUUUAGACCGUAGUUGCAAUUGGAAUUUACUGUUGGGUCUAGUAAGUGAGGUUGUAAAUCUGUUGUCUGGGCUUCACCACUUUGGAUGGCAUCGUCUCCAUGAUGCAACAUUUUUCCAUAAAAAAUAAUAAUCUCUGCAUCUGGAAAAGUAGCAUGUUGGGGAAAGGGGGAAGCUAGAAGCACUCGCCUGCAGCCUGUAGCAGUGCAGCAGACUCAACUACUGCCUUCUCUUGGAACACUUCCGUGCUUACUGUUCUUGUGUCAAUUUCAUUUCAUUUCCAUAUACUAAGGCGUGUGACGAUAGCCCCAAAAUACACAAUUCUGUGAGCUCCUGAACCUUAGCCAAAUCCUAACAUUUUAAAAUCUUGGUAUUUAAAUUGGACGUUGAAGAAUUUUGAAGUCUGAAUACAGCAGUUUAAGGUCUCCAUGCAAUGUUUGUUAAGCAUAAACCUGUCCAACGCACUCAUUUACAUGUAAAAUCCAGCAGCACCCAUAACUCUGAAUGUUAUAAAAAUGUCAUUUUUGCUAGCAAUUUUUCCUCCGCCGCUGUCAAUCUUUGCCCAGCCUUGGAUAUGCAAAACUAAGAUGGAAGUGACAGGCCAGUGAACAUGUUGUUCUGCUUGUUAGGAAGAGUGUGUUGGCAUUCCAGUUAGAAAGAACUGGUAUUCUUCUUGCACUGAACUGACUGCUGAGCUGACUUCCCUCUUUCCUUGCCUGUUUCCUUCUUGUAGGACACCUUUGUACGAGCCAAGAACUGGGUGAAGGAACUGCAGCGGCAAGCCAGCUCUAACAUAGUCAUUGCCCUGGCAGGGAACAAGGCUGACUUGGCCAGCAAGCGAGCUGUUGACUUCCAGGUGAGUGGCAUUCAUUGCCUUGGGAAGUAAACCUCCUUGUAGUCGUCCUGUGACUGCAGGAAGCUGCUGUCAUGAACUGGCUAACAUGGCUAGGCAAACGGCUUUCCUCUCCUGCUCAUCCAAUCUAUAUGUAACUAGUGGGAAGUGCUUGGCAGGGCAUGGGAAUUUAAAGAAACCAAUAAAUAUUGUGAUUUUUAAAUUGAUAGUUUAAUUAGUGAAUUUCAGGGCUGCACAUAUACACACACACACACACCAACCCAGGGAUUCGACGUGACCUUGCCCUGAAUCAACUUGAGGGGGGCGAAGUCAUGCCAAAGUCAUGUUUCUGUCCACCGUCUUGAUUCAAAAUGGCGGAGCUCACACCUCAUGAACCCCCGUUCUGAUACCUUGAGAGGUGGCCAAAACCUAUAGAGAACAGACAGAUAGGCAGGCAUACAACUUUACAAUAUAUAUAGCAGAUGCUGAACUACCGUAUCUUACAGUUGCUUGGUAAUCUGUACAACUACUCUGCAUAGCUUUGAAAGUCUUAGGAAUGUGCUAUAAAUGCUAAGUGAUCAUGACAGUGUGAGCAAAAUUCUGGGAACUGUCAAGUAUCUUGUAUGGUAACAUGCUACUAUGCAUUAUUAUUUUUUAAAAAUACUUGUUUAUUUAGUAGGUUAACAUCCUGUUUUUUCGCUAAAGUGGCUAAUGACGCUUGUAAAACACAACAGAUACCCCCCCAAAACAACCAGCCCUACUCAAACAAGAACCAGCAUCAUAUGUUCUUCCCACAGGGCAGAUGGUAUCAUAUUAGACAGUCAUUCAGUCGAGUUCCAUAGUGUAUUACAGUAGAGGCAACAAUUGGAAAAACCACAAUGUGAACUGAAGACAGUGCUAUCAUCAAUAUAAAACAGGGCAGAGUAGUAGUUAAUUCUCAAAGACCAACUGAAACAGCCAGGUUUUACUUGACUGCCUAAAGCAGAGAGGGGGCUGUUAUAAUCUCCUUUGGAAGGGGAAUCCAGAAGUAUUGGGGUGCCGACAGAAAAGAUCCUGGUAGAGAGUAAUAGUUCUCCAAUACAGUGGUACUUCGGGUUACAGAUACUUCACAUUACAGACGCUUCAGGUUACAGACUCCACUAACCCAGAAAUAGCACCUUGGGUUAAGAACUUUGCUUCAGGAUGAGAACAGAAAUCGCACCACAGUGGCAGCGGGAGGCCCCAUUAGCUAAAGUGGUGCUUCAGGUUAAGAACAGUUUCAGGUUAAGAACGGACCUCCAGAACCAAUUAAGUUCUUAACCCGAGGUACCACUGUAUUAUGGAGUUCUGGAGAAAGGUCCUCAUGAGUAGAUCUUAAGUGUGUGUGUGGCGGUGGGGAGGCACUCGCUUCUUGGAGGCAUCAGUGGCUGCCCCACAGCUGUCAUGCCAGGUUCAGUUACCAUUGAGUCAUGCCGUCCUGGGAGACGGAGUGUCUCCACUGUGCCACCCCCCCCCCCCCGGGAUAAUGCUGGCAGUGGCCAAGGCUGUCAUCAUUCCUCCAUUAGCGAAUUCUGUUUUUCAAGCACAGCUGGGACACCCAACGAACACCUUCCCAGACCUGCUCCAAUCAUAGCUCUUUUCUCACACUUAGCAGUCUUCCACGAGCCUCUUGUCUGCACUAGUUUGGAAUCCACGUCAUCUUUCCCAUCCUGGGAGCAAAACGCCAUGUGGUGGCCAGAACUAAGUGAGGGUUCAAGGCGCUGACAGCAGUAUUGAACUGAACUGGAAAACCUGGAGACUGCUAUGCAGCUGUGGUGGCUACCCAUUCACCGAUAAGUUUAGCUGUCUUCUCUUUACCAUCUCUCUGUUUAUAGGCGUUUGGUGAACAGAGGUUGAAGGCAGUGUUUAUACUGGUUAUAAAGGGUAGCACUUCUGACAUGUCCCUUCCUUUCUGUUACUGAGUUGUGGUUCUAGGAAGCACCAGAUCAGGCUGCCAAAAGGUUGUCUGAGUACAUGUCUCUGCACAGAUUCUGAUUUGGCUCGACACAUUCCCUUGCAGGAAGCCCAGUCCUAUGCAGAUGACAACAGCUUGCUGUUUAUGGAGACAUCCGCAAAGACGGCAAUGAAUGUGAAUGAGACCUUCAUGGCGAUAGGUUAGUAAAGUGGUGGGGAGACGCAGGGUGGCGAGUCACCCUCCACACUGCCAUAUAUUGGGAACAAAGUGAUGUUAAAUAAAUAAAUAAACAGACACAAACACACACACAUCACAAUCUUGGGUUCCUGAACAGCUUGGGGUGCAGUUCGCUGCAGAAUAGGCCAGUUCAGAAUUGAGGAAACUUGCAGGCCUAGGUCCAGGAAAGGCCGUGUGGGGAUUCAUUCAUUCAUUCGGUUUCUAUCCCACCUUUUUUUCCAAGGAGUUCAAAGUGGUGUGCGUGAUUCUUCCCCCACCCCCGGUCAUUUCAUCCUCACAACAAGCCUGUGAGGUAGGUUAGGCUGAGAGGCAGUGACUGGCCCAAGGUCACCCAGUGAGCUUUAUGUCCAAGGUGGUAUUUGGCCUCUCAGGUCCUAGUCUGGCACUCUCUGUUGACUCUCUGUUGCCAAAAGUGCUGGGUAGGAGGAAUACAGGCUCUGGAAGAUCGGGUGGAAUGAGGUCCCAAGGGAGGGGAGCUGAAAUAAGGGCCUACAGAGUGGGUAGUGUGCUGAGAAAUGGGGGGGGGGGGGAAGAGACGUGAGAAAGAAGUAGGGUAGAAAGGCCAGAGGGGUGAGCAGGAGGCAGUGGUUAAGCAAGGCAGCUGGGGGCAAGGGGUGUGUGGAGUAGAAAGGCACGGGAGUCUAGAGACAGAGAAGCUGAAUAUAUCCAUCUUGACUGACCAGCUGAAUAUUGCGGUGCCAGUUACCCCUUUGAAAGCAGCAGGAAAUUGAAAGGUUGCUAGCUUCCAGGAGCUGGGACGGACAUGAUCUUAAUCCCCUGCCACAGGGUGAAUCUUACAAACCAGUUCACUUGGAUGUGCCUCUUCCUUUUCCCCCACCUCAGCCAAGAAGCUCCCCAAAAACGAACCGCAGUGCCCAACGGGAACAGCAGGCAGGAACCGAGGUGUCGACCUCCAGGAGAGUAGCCAACCCAGCAAGGGGCCCUGUUGCAACUGAAGGGGCCACACUGCCUGCCCCUCUGGGCGGCCCCAACUGGAAUGCGCCUGAACCAAUCGCACUUACGGAAGAACAGCUGCCAGGAUCCCUCUUCUUCCCACCUCUUCCCAAUCCCCCCCUUUUUUUUGCUGCUGUGUCUCCUCCCCUCUCUUUCCCUCUGGUUGCAGAAUGGAGGGAGCAAGAACCACCUGCCCCCUCUUCUGUACAAAUGAUGAAUUCAUCUUUUUAAAAAAAGUCUUAGUCACCUUUUUUUAAAAAAAAAAAGAGCAAAAACACACAAAGGAACUAUAGCACACCUCUUCGACCACUCUUCAUGGGUAGGUGAUGUGCAUUUCCAGAGCUUUGGCCUCUCCUAUCUCUGCCUUUCCUUUUCCUUUUCUUUUUCUGAAGGGUUCUUACAGCCUCGUAUUUGCUCGCAGCCGCUUGGAAGGAAGACCUGCCUUACUUCAACCAGAAGUGACUUUUGGAACACCUGCUUGGUGAUUCUAAGCCACUUCCACCGGUAGGGCUUAACCCUAAAGAAAGUGUGGUUGCCGUAGGCCGGGGAAGGCACUGAGAGUUGUAUGCUGGCAGAACGACAACUCCCAGGGUUCCUUGCCCAGGAGCCUGGUCUAGAUAUGGUAUAGACUUGCUCUUAUAAAAAGCAAGUGCUGUAACGAAACACACAGGUAACCACUAAAUGAAACGGUAGCAGUAAUGCUAGAUUGAGGAAGAACUUCUGGCCUUUAAGCCUUGUUUUGACCAAAUCACAAUUAUGAGUAUUGCCAGGGGUUGCGGGGGGGGGGGGCAGGGAUCUGAUUUUCUUCUGUAUUUUGUAUUCUUGUUUUCAACAUAUAACCAAUCAGUAUCUCUUUAAUCACAUAUACCAACUAGCCUUGCACCCACCUAAGUUUGCAUUGGGCUUUGGGUAUACCAACUCUGCAUUAACAUUUUUUUUUCCUAUUUACAUUUUGGAUAUAAUGCACUAAUUCAGCCUGUUGAAGAAAAAUUGUAUUAAAAUUAUCACUUCUUUUGAGCAAUGUGAUGCCAUUGUUAAUAACCCUAUAGUAUGAUGUUGGUGGGUGUAUAGAUGCAGGGGGGUGGGGAGGAUGGACGUGAUGUGGGGAGGGGGGCAAUAAUAUGUAUUCACAUGCAGAUGAAAUAUUGGUAAUUCCACUAAAUAAAACUGCAGAAGGGAGACCACAGAUUUUGUUUCUGAUCUAGUGCCUGAGGCAAUUUUGUCUUAACUCAUAUUGGUAUUUAAGGGGAGGAGUCUGUCAGUCUCUUCAAUGCAAAGCUCCAGUUGUGUAUGAUUUGAAAAAUAAAUUUUUUAUAAAUCAGAUACUGACCAGAAAA